AAAAAUAUAUAACUCAGAAAUAAAAAACUUUAAAAUGACCAGCAAUAAAAAAGUAACCGAUGACGUGAAAGAUAAUUCGAAUUGAACCGCGACUCGGGUAAGAAAUUAAACCAAUACAAAAAUUAAAGUGGGAAGUGGGCUUGUGAACGUGGCAACGUCGCUCUGCGUGCGGGCUGUUGCGCAGAGGAGUAGGUCGACCAACACUCGCCAACACAAAGUCUGGGAGAUAUAACGGAAGGUUUUGACUGCUGGGUCUACACCAGCUCUUACAUUACCAACAUCAUCCAAUCCUCUAUUCACUACCACAGAGUCGCGCAAUCAGCAAAGCGACGUGAUAGGCCAAGAGUAUAAAAGUUUCCGCCGACGUAUCAAAGGAUUUAAAGGCGAGUCUCGUGGUGAGGAUACUAGAUACUUGUAUAUACAGUCAGUGACAAGAGAAGAGAAUCGAGGAGAGACAAGAGGGGAAGUAGAAGUACUUAUCGUGUUUUCUAUUUGGCUCUCACGCGCGCAAGUCGAAUUCUUCUCAACUUAACUACAGUCUUAGUCUCCGACAGAUGGAGGGGAAUAGAAUGUAUAAAACAGAACCUGUGCCUCUCCCUCUCGCUAUCGGGAAUGAGAAGUAGAAGUACAAGUAUAAGCAGCAGCAGCGACCCCACCACAAUUUUUAUGGCAGUAAAAUUAAUACGCGAGGUUUCCGCUCCAGUCUGUGUGUUACAAGUACGUGGUCUCUGGUCUAUAAGCCAGCCAUCCGAUCAGAAACGUUAGACUUGGCUUCGUAUCUAUACUGUAGUUGCUGAUAAUAAUAACAACAAUAAUAAUAUUAUUAAAUACAUAAGUGAUAAUAAUAGUGGGUAAAUAUUCAGUACUGGGUGCUGAUUUAAUUUUUUAUAAUAAAUUGCAGUAUAUUGUGUGAAAGGUGAUUCAUAAUGCCGUUAAGCAUCAAGGUUAAUCUCCGGGUUACCGGACACUGUAACCAGGGCGGUCGUAAAUACAUGGAGGACAUGUUCAGUGUCGCUUACCAACAAACUUCCGAUGAUAAAGACCUGGAGUAUGCGUUUUUUGGUAUUUUUGACGGUCAUGGAGGAGGCGAGGCUGCUAAAUUUGCUAAAGAUCAUCUUAUGGAUAUUAUUGUCAAGCAAAAAAACUUUUGGAGUGACAAAGAUGAGGAUGUGCUACGUGCGAUUAGAGACGGAUAUGUUAAUACACAUUACGCUAUGUGGCGAGAACUGGACAAAUGGCCGAGAACUGCCUCAGGACUGCCGUCAACUGCUGGCACGACUGCUAGUAUAGCUUUUAUACGCAAAGGAAAAAUUUAUGUGGGACAUGUUGGAGACUCGGGAAUAAUUCUCGGUUAUCAGGAUGAAGAUGAUCCUCAGUGGAAAGCGAAACCACUGACUAGAGACCAUAAACCGGAGAGUGGACCGGAGAUGAUAAGGAUCCAAGAGUCUGGAGGAAAAGUUAUCAGUAAAUCUGGUGUGCCGAGAGUCGUUUGGAACAGGCCUAGGAUCGGGCACAAAGGACCUGUACGAAGAUCUACUCACAUUGACGAGAUUCCAUUUUUAGCUGUGGCAAGAUCUUUGGGUGACUUAUGGAGUUAUAAUUCAGAACUAGACACUUUUGUUGUCUCGCCUGAGCCUGAUGUUAAAGUUAUUAAAGUUGAUGUUAAGUCAUAUCGCUGUCUUAUCUUUGGUACUGAUGGUCUCUGGAAUAUGCUGACACCUCAAGCUGCUGUGGCAAUCGUUCAAGCUGCUGAACGACAUAAUGAAAAACAUUUUAUUGCUUCACAGCAGACUGGAAAUCUCUUACAGGGAGAAUCACAAAUGUGGAUAAACCCUUCUAAGAGUUUAGUAGAUCGUGCUCUAGAACGUUGGUCAUCAACGCGCCUACGAGCUGAUAACACAAGUGUCGUGACAUUGAUGAUAGACCCACCAGGGCCAUCACGCUGUGAAGUUUUAAUGAAUCGUCGUCAAAAAGAUGCCGUAGCUUCAGUUCCAAAGACCAUACCUACACCCCUAACACCACAUUCGUGUAAUUCAAAUCCCGAUUUCAACAUUGACAGGACCCAACCACCAACGGCGAAUGUUGUUGUUCCUCCAAGUCCAGUAGCAGCAGCGUCGAAUUUAAUCAACAAUACGGUCAGCGAGGAUUCAAAUCAAACUAUCAGUCCUUCGUCGUCUUCAUCCGGACUAAAUGAAAGUUUACCCGGUGAUUAUAGUUUCCAAGAAAAUUGUGUUAAUUAUGAACCGUUUGUUGGUAAUAAUAAACAUGAAAAAGUUGAAAAUAUUAAUGAUACUUUAAGUGAAUCUAGUGUUAAAGAAAGUACAAGUAUGGAGAAUAUUCAAGUUGCUGAAAUAUCCUCCAGUGAUAUAAGUAAUGAUGAUGCUGGUCAACUUUUAUCUGACGAUACUGUCGAUGAUAAAUCUUCCGCCGAAGAAAAUACUAAAACUACAUUAAAAAAUGAUACAAAUAUGAAUGAAAGUGUUAAUCAAUCAUCUGUAAAUGAUUCCUUAAUUGAGACCACUGUUGCAGAAGAGGAACCACUUGAUAAUGACUUUACAAAAGACACUGGAGAUGCCCAUCAAUUGACCAGAGAAAACGCAUUCUUUGGAUCUUGGGAAUCAUUCAAUAACAGCAGAUCUGGACUAAAUAAUUCAGCCAAUUCCAGUUCGACUGAUCUAAUUUCAAGUCAAACGUCUGUUGUUGAAAAAAAUAAUCCAGCAGAAGUUGAUUGCGAAAAGGAUAAAUUUGAAAGUCUAUCAGCAGAUUCAAAUCUUGAUAAACCGUCUGAUUUUUCCAGUGAAGGUAUUAAAGAUGAAACUAAAAAUUUAGAAAGACGAGAAAAUGAUUCUGUUCAAACGUCACCUCAAUUGAUGCCAGCUACGUCGACAUCUGUCACAGAUGAUAAAAAAAUGCCAGCUCCGUCUCCAGUAGAUACUGCCAGACUAAAACGACGUCGUGAAACUCCACUCAGACCAGGCUCAACCCGACGUACUACAGGAAUCGUUAAUAAUAAACGUAGACACAGUUCUACGUUAGAAGAUGCUGAAGAUUCUGGUAUCUGCGCUGUACCAGAACCGCCUAAUUUUAAACGUCGCACGCGAUCAGAAGAUAGACGAUGUGAUGCAAAUGCUCCAACUGAUGAGAAUAAUCCAAUAAAUCAAGAGCAAUCAAAACAACAGUCAUUACGACAUGAUCGAGUACGUCGUUGGCCUGGUAAUUCACGUUGCUCCGUAGUUUCUAAAUUAAGAAACGUUAAUUCUCCAACAACAUCUUACUCAGCAGCAACAAAUACCAGCACACCCAAUACUCGUGAAAAAUUGACAGUAUCACCGACGUCAUUUCAACGACGUAGUCUUGAAAAGAAAGCGACUCCAGUUAAAACAAUAAGAAGACCAUCAAUAAAUGGCUCGAGUCGGGUUCAAUUGAGAGGAAGUUUUGCUCUGAGAGAUUGGGAUCAAAGUAAAUCAAGUCACCACCAUCGUCGCCGUCGUGGCGCCCGUGCUGGAAGUUGUUCUUCUGAUAGAUCAAGAUUAAAUCAUGUUAUUACUGGUGGCACUGCUUUGUCAAGUGACCCAACGUCGUCUUCCACCAGCACACCUCAGCGUUGGCUCAGGUCUGAUACGAUAGCUGCUAUUCCUAUCAAAACUUUGAGGUCUCGAAAUGUUGACAUUGCAUCGGGACACACAGUUCCACCUCAGCUGGCUCACCAGUACAAUAUUAUCAAGCAAAACCGGCUCUCAUUGCCGCCUUCCAACACCACGAAACUUCGGAUGUCAAGCACGCCGUCUAAAGUUAAAUCGACGACGACAAUCACAGCGGGAUUAACGACAUCGGGAAAAUUAAAACAAGCUGGUGGUAAUAUUGGAGGAGCCAAUGGGUCAUCAGCUUCUGUUUCACCAAAUUCAGUACCCGGAAUCGCUAAGAGAGUCAAGUCAACUCCUUACAAUCCAAGCGCUAGAUCACUAGGAACCCGGUCACGUCUAAAGCGUCUCAGUAAAUAAAUAGUUAUGUAGAUAUAAAUAUGAUAAAUAUAUAUAUGCUUAUAUAUAUAUUUCUUUUCUUUUUUAAUUAAUAGAUGCUAAUUAAAUUAAAUUGUUUUUUUUUUUUCGUUAUUAUUAAAGAUAAAUAGAAAUAUAAAUAUAUUUUUUUUCUUAUAUUUUCUUUUUUUUUCUUCAAUUAUAUUUUAGAACUUGUAAUUGAUAUCGGUUCUAAUUUGAUGCAGGUCACUGGCGCUAAUCAUUAAAAUUAAUUUCUUAUUUUUAUUAUAAAUUGAUAUCAUCGUUUCAUAUAUUCUUCGCGACAUAUUUAUCUCCAUUAAUCAUUUUUAAAAUGUAUAGUAUAUUUAAAUUAGACAUUCAAAAAAAUCGGCUAUUCUUUUUUUGAAAAAAUUGUAUGGAAAAUAUUUUUCGAGAUGACGAAAAAAAAAUGGCGCUAAAGUUUGAACUCUUAAUAUUAAUUUUAACAACCGCCUGAUUGCAAUUUUUGAUUUUCUAUUUAAAUAACUCAUUAGCGAAUCAAUGUAUUGGAAAAGUCAACAGAUAUCUGUGUUGGAAAUUGAGCGCACUACAAAAAAAAUCUCUUAUUUGUAAUAAAUUUAAUUUUUCAAAAGUUACUCAGUCAAAGUUGAAUUCAUAGUAAAUUUUUGUGUUAUUCGACUUUUCUGACGAAACUAUUAGACUUAUCGUGAAAUGCCACAGGACCUUUUUUGUAGCUCAUUUAAUUUCCUACAACUUAUUUCUAAUAAAGUUUUCAAAAUUCCUGAAAGUUUUUUAGUUAUUUGCAUUUAAAUGUCAAUUUGUUCCAAGAAAUUUUAUUUUGGCCGAAUUCUAUUACUUUUAAAUGCAAAUAUCUAAAGAACUUUCAAAAAUUUUGGAAAUUUGAUAACAGAUAAUUUGUAGGAAAUGAAAUGAUCUACAAAAAAGGUCUUAUAACAUUUUACGAUAAAUCUGAUAAUUUCGUCGAAAAAAUAGAAUAAUACUAAAAUUUACUAAAAAAUCAAAAAUUGCGCGGUGGUUUUUAAAAUUAAUAUUAAAAGCUCCAACUUUUUCAUU